AUGGGAAAGAUCAUCUACUACGAGGACAAGAACUUCCAGGGCCGCUCCUACGAGAGCAGCUCUGACUGUUCCGACCUGCACUCAUACUUCAGCCGCUGCAACUCCAUCCGCGUGGAGAAUGGAAACUGGAUGCUGUACGAACGCUCCAACUACAGCGGGCACCAGUACUUCCUGGGGAAGGGGGAGUACCCUGAUUUCCAGCAGUGGAUGGGGUUCAAUGACUCCAUUAGGUCCAGCCGCCUGAUCUCACCUCACAGAGGUACCCACAAGAUCCGGAUCUAUGUAAGGGAGAAUUUCCGAGGGGAUAUGGUGGAACUCACUGAGGAUUGCCCAGCUCUAUUUGAGAUGUUCAACUAUCAUGAGAUCCACUCCUGUAACAUCCUAGAGGGAUCCUGGAUCUUCUACGAGCUGCCCAACUACAGAGGCAAGCAGUACUACAUGAAGCCAGGCGAGUACCUGAAGUUCACCGAAUGGGGAGCCCUGAACAGCAAAGUCGGAUCUCUGAGACGCGUCCUGGAAAGCUACUAA